AUGGUGCUCCUCCCUAGUGAUCGCCUGGACAGCCUCUUCUCCCCGCGGUGCGUGUGGGUGAACGGGCCCAUCAUCAUCGGCGCCGGGCCGUCGGGGCUCGCCGUGGGCGCCAGCCUGCGGGAGCAGGGCGUGCCCUUCAUCGUCCUGGAGCGCGAGGACUGCAUCGCCUCGCUGUGGCAGAAGCGCACCUACGACCGCCUCAAGCUCCACCUCCCCAAGCAGUUCUGCCAGCUGCCCCGCAUGCCCUUCCCCGCCGACUACCCGGAGUACCCCACCCGCCGCCAGUUCAUCGACUACCUCGAGACCUACGCCGCCACCUUCGACGUGAAGCCCGAGUUCGGCAGCACCGUGCAGUCCGCGCGCUACGACGAGACCUCGGGGCUCUGGCGCGUGCACUCCUCGUCGGCGGCGUCCGGCGAGAUGGAGUACAUCGGGCGCUGGCUCGUGGUCGCCACCGGCGAGAACGCCGAGAACGUGGUGCCCGACAUCCCCGGCCUCGACGGCUUCGCCGGCGAGGUGGCCCACGUCAGCGAGUACAAGUCCGGCGAGAAGUACAAGGGCAAGCGCGUGCUCGUCGUCGGCUGCGGCAACUCCGGGAUGGAGGUCUCCCUCGACCUCUGCGACCACGGCGCGCUCCCGUCCAUGGUGGUGCGCGACGCCGUGCACGUGCUGCCCCGCGAGGUCAUGGGCAAGUCCACCUUCGAGCUGGCCACGCUGCUCAUGGCGUGGCUCCCGCUCUGGUUCGUGGACAGGGUCAUGGUGUUCCUCUCCUGGCUCAUCCUCGGCAACCUGGCCGGAUUCGGCAUCCGGCGCCCGGCCAUCGGCCCGCUGACGCUCAAGAACAAGUACGGCAAGACACCGGUGCUCGACACCGGGGCGCUCGCGAAGAUCAGGUCGGGCGACAUCAGCGUCGUGCCGGGGGUGUCCCGGUUCACCAAGAGCCGGGCGGAGCUGACCGACGGCACCGCGCUCGACCUGGACGCCGUGGUGAUGGCCACGGGGUACCGCAGCAACGUGCCGCAGUGGCUCCAGGGCACCGACUUCUUCGGCAAGGACGGGUACCCGACCACCGCGUUCCCCAACGGGUGGAAGGGGCAGUCGGGGCUCUACUCCGUGGGCUUCACCCGGCGCGGGCUCUCCGGCGCGUCCGCCGACGCCGUCCGCAUCGCCAGGGACCUCGGGCAGGUGUGGCGCGAGGAGACCAAGCCCACCACCAAGCGGGCCGCCGGCGCCUGCCACAGGCGCUGCAUCUCCGUCAUCUUCUAA